AUAUUCAUCACGUAUUUGCAAUUUGCAACAUCAUACAAUAAUACAAGCCACCCAAGUCCUCGUAAAUAUUCAAUUCAAUUUACAACUAAGAAACACACUCUGUAUGUUCUAUCAGAAACCAAAAAAAUACUCUUUCAACAAGAAUCCAAUCGAACCCAUUUUUGUUUUCCAGAUUCUGAAACUGGGUUUUUCUUCUUUGAUCACAAAAAGCAAAAAGAACCCAUCAAUCAGACGGUCAAGAAGUCAAGAUCCCUUGUCUUUUUAUGUUCAUAUGAUGACGAUGAUGAUGAUGAUGGUAGCAUGGUGGAAUUGCAAAAAGAAAGCUUAUCUUUUGGAUUAUAUCAACAAAAAGGAACUGUUUUAAACGUUAUUCUUCAGAUUAUUACUAGCUAUAUUAUCAUCAUCUUCUUCAACGGUUUUGAAUUCAAAAAUCUAUACUUUAAAAAGAUAAUAGAGUAAAGAGAAGUGUUAUAAAGAGGUGUUCAAAUGGAGAAUUCAUCAAACAGUGAUGAAAACUAUGAUGUGGGUUAUCAACCAUCACCUUGUUCAACUGAUCCAAAUGAUCAGUCAACCAUGAGUGGUGAUUCAUUUGUGUAUUGCCGAACAUAUUCAUCGACUUCAGUAUUUUCUGAACCUGUUGAUGAUCACCAUAGUUGCUGUAGUGAAGCUUCACCUUCUUGUUCUUCUCAUUGGUCAACUAGGAGAUCUGGUGGGGUUGUUCCUCAAAAGCAAGCUCUUCUUACAAGGCUUGUAACAAAACAGUGCAAAAAUAGCAAUGCAGAUGAUCAUCAAAAGCUUGAUGAUUUGGAAUCAUUGGAUUUAGAACUUGAAAUGAUGAAGGAAAGAUUUGCAAAACUUUUACUGGGAGAAGAUAUGUCUGGAAGUGGAAAAGGAGUAUGCACAGCUAUCACAAUCUCAAAUUCCAUAACCAAUCUUUACGCAACUGUAUUUGGGCAAAAUUUGAGGUUGGAGCCAUUGAACCCUGAAAAGAAAGCUCUUUGGAAAAGAGAAAUGGAUUGUCUUUUAUCUGUCUGUGAUUAUAUUGUGGAAUUUACCCCCAAGUCACACAAUUUACGUAAUGGAGCAGCUGUUGAGAUAAUGGAAAGCAGGCAAAGAUCAGAUAUUUACAUCAAUCUUCCAGCACUGAGAAAAUUGGAUGCAAUGCUCAUUGAAAUACUGGAUAGCUUCCAGGAUAGAGAAUUCUGGUACGCAGAGCAAGGGAGUAUAUCGGCAAAUUCGACCCGUAUGGGUUCAUUUCGAAGAGUUGUUCAAAGAAAUGACGAGAAAUGGUGGGUACCGGUGCCGUGUGUUCCUUCAAGUGGUCUUACCGAGAAAGCGAGGAAGCACUUGCGACAUAAACGAGAAUGUGCUAAUCAAAUUCACAAGGCUGCAAUGUCUAUAAACAACAGUGUUCUUUCUGAGAUGGAAAUCCCAGAUUCAUACAUGGCAUCACUUCCAAAGAGUGGAAGAGCCAGCAUCGGAGACCCGAUAUACCGCUACAUGUACACCACAGAAAAAUUCUCCCCUGAGUAUCUACUUGAUUGUCUCAACAUAGCAUCCGAACAUGAAGCACUUGAACUUGCAGAUCGUGUUGAAGCUUCAAUGUACACAUGGAGACGUAAAGCAUGCAUGAUCCAUUCAAAAUCAUCAUGGAAUAUGGUGAAAGACUUAAUGUCCGACAUCGAUCGAAGUGACAAAAACCAUAUAUUAGCUGAAAGAGCAGAGAGCUUGUUAUUUUCAUUGAAGCAAAGAUACCCUGAACUCUCACAAACGUCCCUAGACACAUGCAAAAUUCAGUACAAUAGGGAUGUGGGGCAAGCAAUCCUUGAGAGUUAUUCGAGGGUAUUAGAAGGACUAGCUUUCAACAUUGUUGCUUGGAUUGAAGAUGUGUUUUUUGUAGACAGUACAACAAGAAACCAAGACUGAAAAUGGGCUAACUCAACCCCAACAUUAUUUCAGCUGGUUAACCCAGCUUCUUCUUCUUCUUCUUUUUUUCUAAAUUCCUUGCAUAUGUUGAUUCCUGUUAUAUUUGAACCAUUUAUUCUUGUACAUUAGAAUCGUUUAAAUAAAUCAUGUAAUUUCUAACACCUUAACCUUGCUUUUUAAA